AUGAGGCAUUUCAGCAUAAAUUAUAUUGAUGGUAAUGUACCUUUAGAAGUUACAAGGGAAGCAGUGCGAAAAGAGCUUGACGGGCCAGGUGCAAUGCUUGGCUAUAGAGCCAUGACUCAAAAGAUAAGACAAAAGUAUGAUUUGAAAGUCCCCAGAGCCCUAGUUCAUAACUUGAUGUUUGAACUUGAUACCAAGGGCCUAGCAAGAAGGGCACCUGGUGCCAAGAAAAAAAAACCUAAAGGAGACUUCGUCACUCCGGGUCCAAAUUGGACUUACUCUAUGGAUGGACAUGAUAAGAUGAUGGAAUUCCAAAAUUCGACAUUCCCAAUUGCAAUAUACGGAUGUUUGGACACUGCCAGUAGAAAAUUGAUUUGGCUAAAAGUGUGGACCACAAAUUCUAACCCGAUAUUUAUUGGCAAGUGGUACUUGCAAUCCUUGUUGGAAAGCAGUGUCCUGCCAAACUACAUACGCAUUGACAAAGGCACUGAGACAACAACUAUGAGCACUAUUCAUGCAUACCUCAGAAGUCAACAAGGAGAUUUAGAAGAGCCAGCUGAUUCAAUUUUGUUUGGCCCUUCACCAUCAAAUCAGAUUGAAAGAUGGUGGAAGGAGUUGCAUGAUCGCCUGGAGAAGUACUUCAAAGUGGGUCUCAAUUGGUUAAAGGAGGAGUGCCAUUAUGAUCCACAAGAUGAAAUACAAAGAUUGAUGCUUGCAUAUGUUAUGGUCCCACUGAUGCAAAGAGAACUUGACGAAUUCUGUGAAACUAUCUGGAACACACAAAGAAUCAGAGCACAAAGAGAAACAUUGAUGGCAGAUGGAAUUCCCAACCAUAUUUUUGAAUUCCCAGAGAGAUAUGGGAUGGAAAAGAAAGGUUUCAAGGUUACUCAUGAAGAUUUACAAAAGGUUGCUGAACUAUCUGGUGUCUUGGAUGCCCCAAAUGAUUUUCUAUCAGCAGAAUUGGGUGCCUUGUUUACUUCUUUAUUACCACAGCCAGAAAAAUGCAAGUGUAAUGAAUUUGUUCAAACAUAUUUAUUACUUAAACAAAGAUACUCAGACACAAAUAGUAAUUAA